GUAGUGUGUAAACAAGAAGCCACUGCAUCAAUCUGUGUGGGGGCUUUAGACAAUGCUCUACAAUGCCUCCGAAGCUCCUCUCGCCCUUCUUCACAUGCCUCAUCUUCCUCACCCUCCUUCUCCUCUGCUUCUACUCCUCCCACCUCUCUUACCACGCUUCCCAAUCCCCACCUCACUGCAAUCUCUUCAAAGGUCGCUGGGUCCUCGACCCUGCCCACAAACCCCUCUACGACCACACCUGCCCAUUCCACAGAAACGCCUGGAACUGCCUCAGAAACCAGAGAGCAAACAUGGGUCUCAUCAAUUCUUGGAAAUGGGUCCCUGAAUCCUGCGCUCUGCCUCGGCUUGAUCCGGCCCGGUUUCUGGGUCUGAUGAGGAACAGGAAUAUUGGGUUUGUUGGCGACUCGCUGAAUGAGAACUUCCUGGUGUCUUUCUUGUGUGUGCUUAGAGUGGCUGACAUGGGUGCCAGGAAGUGGAAGAGGAAAGGGGCUUGGAAAGGAGCUUAUUUUCCCAAGUUCAAUGUCACGGUGGCGUAUCACCGGGCCGUUUUGCUCGCCAAAUACAAGUGGCAGCCAAAACAGUCGACAGUGGGCAAUCAGAAUGGACUGAAAGGAAUAUAUCGAGUCGACGUUGAUAUUCCUGCAGAUGAUUGGGUCAACAUCACUGACUUCUAUGAUGUCCUUGUUUUCAAUACCGGCCAUUGGUGGGGUCAUGAUAAAUUCCCAAAAGAGACACCUCUUGUCUUCUAUCGUGAGGGGGAACCAAUAUUUCCUCCUAUUGGGAUGUUGGAUGGACUUAAAGUUGUUCUUGAGAAUAUGGUCUCAUACGUUCAAAAAGAAGUUCCUAGCAAGACAAUCAAGUUCUGGCGUUUGCAAUCACCAAGGCAUUUUUAUGGUGGCGACUGGAAUCAAAAUGGUAGCUGCUUGUUCAAUGAGCCGCUUAAGGAAUUCCAGCUUGACUUGUGGUUUGAUCCCAGGAACAAUGGUGUGAACAAAGAAGCGAGACAACUGAAUCAUCUGAUUGAAGAAGCUUUGCUAGGCACAGAGAUUCAACUGCUUGAUCUGACUCAUUUGAGUGAGUUCAGAGCAGAUGCUCAUCCAGCAAUUUGGUUGGGAAAGAAGGAUGCAGUGGCAAUCUGGGGUCAGGACUGCAUGCACUGGUGCUUACCUGGUGUUCCUGACACAUGGGUUGAUAUCUUGUCAGAACUGAUCCGUUAUAGCUUGGAGACAGGAUGAUAACAGUGAAAAAUAUGUCUACUUAAAACUUCAAACUGCAAACAUUUAACAACUCCAUGAGUAGAAGAUGUUGAGUGCUUCUUCCAUGCCUGCAAUAGACCAAGAUCUGACAAGUUGAGUUUCAGGGUACAAACGAGCACCCUAAGGCAGUCUGAACGGAGAUUUGAAUGACAUUAGUGCUUUUUGAUGGAAAAAGAAAGAAAGAAAAGAAAAGAAAAGAGCAAUGAUAUUUGAUAGAUUGUUAUAUGACUAUUACACAACUUAAUGAUGUGGCAAUUGAAAUAAGUAAGCUCUUCAAUUAGCACUUAAGGGUUGAUUUUUAUUGUCAUGUUAUUUCAGUAAUAUGGCGGUUGUAUAUUAUGGCAGAUGGUGACGAGAUAUAGAUGUUCCAUUGUACCCAAAAAAAAAAAAAAAAAAAAAAAAAAAAAAAGGGUACACAUGGGUUCUUAGCCUGAACUGUCUUUUAAUGUCAUUUUUCAUUUUCUUUUGGUGAGGCCUUUCUUGUUGAGGUGAUGAUAGUUAAGGCUCGGGGGAUUAUUUAUUUGUUUAUUCAUUUUUUGCCCUCUUUGAUUAUCUCAGUCAUGGAUAUGUUUAAGGCAAUGAUAUAUCACUUCGGUUUACUAUAAACUUUUUACAGCAGUUUGAUUUUGUGCUUCAGAGUCUGU